ACAGGCGAUCCGUAGACAACCAUUACCUCUCGCCACGACGAAACCGUGGUGGGCCCACGAGCGGUUUCCGACCGCCACGUCACCUUUCUUCUUCCUCGAUUUCGGUUUCCCUUUCCCCCCUCCGACGCAACAGCACGCAACAACACACCAAACCCCGGAAGCCAGUCGAGGAGCUUCUCGUCUCUGCUCUCUCCAUCUCUCGCUCUCGCUCGCGAAGGGUUCCUCCUUAGCGUCGGGAGCCAUGAACAUAUUCAGAUUCGCCGGCGACAUGACUCACUUGAUGAGUAUUCUGGUUCUUCUCCUCAAGAUUUACGCCACCAAAUCGUGCUCAGGGAUCUCCCUAAAGACUCAGGAGCUCUACGCACUGGUGUUUUUGAUGCGGUACUUGGAUCUGUUUACGGACUUCAUUUCGGUGUAUAAUACUGUAAUGAAACUGGUGUUCAUUGGGAGUUCUCUUGCGAUCGUGUGGUGCAUGCGGAUGCAUCCUGUCGUGCGCCGUAGCUAUAAUAAGGACCUCGACACCUUUCGUCAUUAUUUUCUGGCAUUGGCUGCAUUUGUGUUGGCACUUCUUGUUCAUGAAAAGUUCACUUUUCAGGAGAUCUUUUGGGCGUUUUCGAUAUAUUUGGAGGCUGUUGCAAUUUUUCCCCAGUUAGUUUUGCUACAACGAAGUGGCAAUGUUGACAAUCUAACAGGGCAAUAUGUCUUCUUUCUUGGGGCUUAUCGAGUUUUCUACAUUCUCAACUGGAUAUAUCGCUAUUUCGCCGAGCAGCAUUUCAGUCGAGGGAUAGCCUGCGUCUCGGGGCUUGUCCAAACCGCUCUUUAUGCAGAUUUCUUCUACUAUUACUUUAUCAGUUGGAAGAACAAUGCCAAGCUUCAGCUACCAGCUUAAGCCAAUAAUGAAGGUGUUGAAUGGUUGGAACUCCUUGAGUAAUCUCUCUGCACAUCGUUGUCAUUAUCGCUCUGGAUCACAUGCUGAAUGACAACGUGAGGGAACAAAAAAGAAAGUGGUGUUGGCCCCAGACGCUGACGGCAUUCCCAUUCUGGGUGGAUGGAUAAAAAAUACCGUACUGGAGAAGAUAUCCAUCGAUUCGGAUGUCACCGGCCAUGAACGCACGCAUGAGGUGAAGGUUUGCAACUUGUCGCACUUUCUUUUGAAGUUAUGACAUGGAGGCUUUUUUUAUGUGCCCAUUGUUUUCAUUGAAGACGUUUUACCUGUAAUCUCAGUAUAAUGUAUCUACGGCCCGCCUUUUCGAGUCUGUAAAAGUAUUAUAGGAAUGAACAAGAGAUGAAAAAGAGAAAUUUUUUCUGCUA